GGUGUACCACUUCGCCCGUCAUGCGUCCCACUGCUACCCGUCUAGAUGGAAUGCCUGGAGUUAACCCUUGGUGGGGUGACACCAGCAUGCACAAACAGAGAGGAGUGGUUGUUUACACUGUCUCGCCAUUCAGACAGCGGGGCUCAAAAGCCAUAAUUAGAGGCUGGUUAUUCAACGGCUACAGGCGUCUUGCUGCCCAAGUUCCCUACUGGAUAGUUCCCUUUGCUAUUGGAUAUGGGACAUACACUUGGGCCAAACGCCGUGACGCUUGGCAGAACAGCAAGGCUGGACAUAUUGCUCUUGGCCACCACCACUGAGGUAUCUUAUUAGAUUCGCCAGUUCCGAAAUAUACUUGUUUUCUUCUCAAGGCACACGCCUUUCU